AUGAGGUUCGGCGUCCAAGUGUCCAGCCCGCUCGUCGCCAUCGGGGCUUCGCAGUUUGCGUUAAGUCUGUUACAGGUGGUUUUCAUGUUCUUCUACGUGAAGGUCUACCUGAACGUGUUCCACGUCUCCCAGUGGUGGUUCAACGUCGCCCAAGCGCUGUUUAUGGUCUGGAAUGCCGUGAAUGACCCCUUAUUCGGGUAUCUACAAGACAGCAACACUGGGUGGAUGCGCUCGCGGACGGCCGUUUUGACGCGGUUUUCCCCGUUUUUGUGUGGAUCAUUCGUUCUUUUAUGGUUUCCCUGGGAUAUCAGCGGCUCGUGGCUUGAAGGGCUUCAUCUCAUCUGCGCCCUCUUCCUCUACGAUGCGUUCUUUAGUGCGAUGGGCGUCUCUUGGGCAGCGCUGUUCGCCGACAGCACAAAAGAUGCCCGAUCCAGGGCUGCAGCCAUGAAAUAUUCACAGAUGGCGAUUCUCGGCUCGGUGAAUGGGAUCGCGAUCAUGGAGAAGGCCAGCCACAGCUUGGAGAACUUUUCCGCCUUUCAAACGGGCGCGAUUCUGAUGGCGCUGCUCGCGCUUUUCUGCCUGCUCAGCGCCGGAAGUUAUCGGCCGACGCUGCCGAUUUCUAGGGAAAAAGAUGACGAGGAAAGGCUUCUAAAUGGAGAUGAAGCCGCAAUUUCCGAGCACGAACCGGUUAACUUGAGCCACGCCUUCGAGUUGACACGCCAAACCGUUCGCCAGCACGACUUCCUUUUCAUCAUCGCCACCAAUUUUAUACAUAUUAUGAGAAGCGUCGCCCACCUGAACUUUGCAUCGAUCACGACGGAAAUCCUCGUCCCGCAGGACAUCUUGCCGCGCGGCAGCCUGAAGCUCAGCGUUUUCUACGGCUUUUGCACUCUGGGACCGCAGCUGAUCAUCAUCGCGCUCGAAAAGGUGGUGGUCAGGGUCGGCGCGGGGAGGCUGCUGCUUUUUAGCUAUCUCGUCUCCGCCAUCACUGCCAUCUGCUUCUCAUUCUUCUCCGGCUGGCCCUACAUUGUCAUGCUUUUCAUGCUCAUUGAUGCAAUCACCGUCCACUCGGCCGCCCCGUUGUUCAACAUCAUCAUCUCGGACUACAUUGACGAGGACACGAAGCGGUAUUCCAGACGCUCGCCGAUCUCGUCGUUCGUCUUCUCGCUGAACGCCCUCUUCACCAAGCCCGCCCAAUCCGUCGCUCCGGUGCUGAUCGUGCAGCUGCUCAACGCUUAUGGAUAUCAGGCCUACCUCGUCGACAAACUUUCAACUGAGGCGCUCCGCGCCGCAGUUCAAUACGUGCUCUACGGCACGCCACUGGUCCUCGGUGCCCUCCAAUAUUGUGUCUUCUCCCGUUACUCUCUUAUGCACAAACCCUCCAAAGAACUUGUUCCAUUCGCCACCCUGUCGCUCGGUGUCGGCGCCAUUUCGUGGGUGGCACCAAAAAGACGUGUUUUUGACGCUCGACCACCACCUCUACGAAGCCUACAUGCGGCUGUGUCUCUUCUUGUUUUCGAGAACUGGUCAAGUGUCCAGAUUUCUCUCUACGGUGAUGUCGAACAAUUGAAGAGCGCCCGAGAACGAGCGGUGAUAAUGUCGAAUCAUCAGUCUAAUGUCGACUGGGCGGUGAUCAUGGGACUAGCGGCCCGUCAAAAAGACAACGAGCGCGGCUUCCGCGUCAUGGUCAAGCACGCCAUCCACUAUGUGCCCUUGUUUGGGUGGUACAUCUUUCAACACGGCUACAUCUACGUACGUCGAUUCGGGGAGUUUGUCAGCACGCCCGUGCGCAGGCAGCUGCAUUUUUUGGAUGGCCUACCGGAGCCCUAUUGGCUGCUGAUUUUCCCGGAAGGCACGAGAUUCACAGCCAAAAGGCCGAAGCUGAUCGAGGCGAGCCAGCAAUUCUGCGAGAAAGAGGGAAUGCCAAAACUCUCCCACGUACUCACGCCCCGCGUAGGAGGACUGCACCUCGCCCGGGAGCACCUGAAAAGCCUGGACGCCGUCUACGAUGUUACGAUAGGAUACGGGCAGACUAGGCUUCCCGGUCGUACCGGAAUCGCGCCCGGAAUGUUUGAGUACGUUUGCGGAGCCCAGGGGCGUCGUCUAUGUGUCCAUAUUAAAAGAUUUCCGGUCUCCGAGGUGCCGACCGAUAAGCAGGCGUUGAAGGCGUGGCUUUAUCAGCGAUACCAGGAGAAAGACAGGUUACUGACGCAAUUCGAAGAAACGGGCGAAUUCCCGGAUGUCGUCUCUGCCGACGAGCCCACCCUCUCCAUAGCCAAAACGCUGCCAUCGACGAUAUUCUUUGUGGCGGCGCUGGCGGCCCCGUUAUUUUCGACAAAGGUCCGUACCACGUACCUGUGCACAAUCGCCUCGUUCCCGUUGCUGAUCGGAUGGCUUCACCUGCGAAAAUGCGUC